AUGUCCUCUUUACCCGUGCCAUACAAACUGCCUGUGUCUUUGUCUGUUGGUUCCUGCGUGGUAAUCAAAGGGACACCGAUCGACUCUUUUAUCAAUGACCCACAGCUGCAGGUGGAUUUCUACACUGACAUGGAUGAGGAUUCAGAUAUUGCCUUCCAUUUCUGAGUGCACUUUGGCAAUCAUGUGGUCAUGAACAGUCGUGAGUUUGGGAUAUGGAUGUUGGAGGAGACAACAGACUACGUGCCCUUUGAGGAUGGCAAACAAUUUGAGCUGUGCAUCUAUGUACAUUACAAUGAGUAUGAGAUAAGGGUCAAUGGCAUACGCAUUUAUGGCUUUGUCCAUCAAAUCCCGGCAUCAUUUGUGAAGAUGGUGCAAGUGUCAAGAGAUGUCUCCCUGACCUCAGUGUGUGUCUGCAAUUGA